AUGAAUGACAAAUUGCACAAGCUCAGCUUGAAACGGGAAGUGGGGCUGCUCAGUGCUGUGUCCCUCGUCGCCGGAACUAUGAUUGGAUCUGGGAUCUUCAUGUCUCCUCAGCUAGUUCUAUUCAACAUAGGAAGUCCUGGAGCAAGCUUGGUGAUCUGGGCAGCUUGUGGAAUACUGGCCAUGCUGGGAUCUCUGUGUUAUGCGGAACUUGGAACUGUCAUAAAAGAGUCAGGGGGCGAGUACGUCUACAUCAUUCGGACAUCAGGUCAGCUUGUAGCCUUUGUGUUCGUCUUUAACUCCAUUCUGGUGGGGAGUCCAGCUGGCAUCGCAGGAGUGUCCCUGAGCUUUGCAGAGUAUGCAGUGGCUCCUUUCUUCCAGGACUGCCCUUCACCUCCUAUGGUGGUGAAGUGCGUGGCCGUUUCUGCUAUAGUUGGGCUGGCCAUCAUUAACAGCCUGAAUGUACGUUUCUCCAUGUCUGUCCAGGUCUACUUCCUAGUGGCAAAGGUGCUGGGUCUGGCAGUGAUAGUGAUUGGAGGUAUGGCACUGCUAAUUGGAGGACACGCUAACAGUUUUGAGAAUGCAUUUGAAGGGACAAAACUGGCCAUCAAUCCAGUAGGAGUAGCAUUUUAUCAAGGUCUGUGGUCUUACGAUGGCUGGAACAAUCUGAAUUAUGUGACAGAGGAACUGAAGCAUCCAGAGGUGAACCUGCCCAGAGCAGUGAUGAUUGCCGUCCCCAUGGUGACAGUGAUUUACCUGCUGGUCAACGUGAGCUACCUGGCUGCCCUGACACCCCAGGAAAUGAUGUCAUCCACUGCUGUAGCUGUCACCUGGGGGAACAAGGUCCUGGGAAGCUGGGGAUGGGUAAUGUCUGUGGCUGCGGCAAUGUCUGCUUUUGGGUCCUUGAAUGGGUCAUUCUUCAGUGGUGGGCGAGUGUGCUUCGUGGCAGCCAGAGAAGGCCACAUGCCUGAUAUCCUGUCCAUGGCUCAUGUUCGGCGGCUAACACCAUCACCAGCUCUCAUCUUCACCACAGCCAUCUCCCUGGUGGUGCUGAUCCCUGGAGACUUCCAGAGUAUUGUCAACCUCACCAGUUUCAGAGCAUGGAUUUUCUAUGGAAUUACUGUCUCUGGACUUCUCUACCUGAAAAUAAAGAAGCCAGAACUUUCCAGGCCAUACAAGGUUCCAAUUCUCUUUCCCUUCUUGGUCAUUGUCACCGCCAUCUUCCUGGUCCUGGCACCCAUCGUUGAUGACCCCCAGAUCAAGUAUCUGUAUGUUACCCUUUUCAUGCUCAGCAGCAUCAUGGUCUAUGUACCCUUCAUCCACUUCAAGAUGUGCCCUGGGAUACUGGACAAAGUCACGCUGUUCCUUCAGCUCUUUCUUGAGGUUGCCCCAACCCAAAAGAAUGUGUAAUCCCUC